AUGGACUCAAAGGUCAAAUACUUGACAGAUGAAGAGAUCAAGCAAUUCAUGAAAGAGCUGGACUCUGACAACGAUGGACUUAUCGAAUACCGCGAAGUCGAGGCCAAACUUGAUGAAGUGUCCAGGGAGAUAGCACCUGAACCGGCAGAACACAAUCUCCAUCAUGAGGACCGCGCAGAAAAACGACAUCAAUUUCUCCGAGGGUUCAUGGGCACUAACGAAGACCAUGUCCACCUUGCCGACUUUGAGGAAAUCGUCAAGUCAUGGCAGAUUCCUUCAAUGGAACAAGAGAAGAAAGAAGAAGACGAGCAAGCGAAUUUCGUCAAGAAAAUGUCUUAUGCAAGGCGUCUCCGCGCAUACUGGGAGGUCCAUGGACCAGAAUACGGAUUUCUCGCUCUAGUUGUGUCUUUGCAACUGGCCUUCGGUAUUUGGCAACUAGUCAAGUAUCUCACCACCUCACCUUACAGAGAGACUUUUGGCUGGGGUGUGGUGUUGGCCAAGACGUCUGCUGGAGUACUCUAUCCGACCAUGUUUUUCCUGGUGUUGUCCAUGUGUCGCUGGUUGAGUACUGCUCUAAGACGUUUCUACUGGAUCUCUCGAUUCGUCAAUUGGGACCUUUCGCAAGAGUUUCAUAUCAAGAUGAGUAUCGUUGCGCUUAUGUUUGCUUCUCUGCAUGCUGUUGGUCACUUGACCGGAAGUAUGCUAUAUGCAAGUCGACCCGCUCAACAAGAUGAGGUUGCCGCAUUACUUGGACCGGAUGCGGUGCCCAGACCUUACGUCCAUUGGAUCAGGUCAUUACCAGGAUGGACGGGUCUUGUCAUCUUUGGCAUGUUCUGGGUCAUCGGUGGAACAAGUCUACCUUGGGUCCGUCGCAGAUCGUACGAGGUCUUCCAGCUUGGCCAUCUGUUGAUGUUCCCUAUCUUUGCUUUGCUCAUGGCUCAUGGAACAAUGGGUUACCUGCAGUGGCCUAUGAUGGGAUAUUUUCUGGCUUUCCCUGUUCUUCUGGUUCUGAUCGAGCGCACCGUUAGGACUUGCAAUGGUUUUUCGCCUCUGUCGGCAUAUGUGGAGGUUCUGGACAAGGAAACAGUCUGUAUUACUGUCAUGAUGCCUGCCUCUCGCAAUUUCGACUACAGAGCUGGUCAGUACGUUUUACUGCAAGUACCAGAGUUGAGUCGCUGGCAAUGGCAUCCCUUCACGAUAUCCACAUGUAUUGGCAAUGAGUUGCAAUUACACAUCAAAACAGAUGGCAACUGGACUGGAAGACUCCGCAGAUUAGGAUCUUCUCAAGAAGCUACGAAAAUCAAGAUCGGCAUCGACGGACCUUACGGCGCUCCUGCCCAGCGCUUCUACGACUUUGAACAAACGAUCAUUGUCGGUGCUGGUAUUGGCGUCACACCGUUCUCAGGUAUCCUCACCGAUCUGCAAGUCAAAGAAGAGCAACGCAUAGGAACCCAAAAAUGGCGUCCCUCCCCGUACCAAAAAGCUGCAGAUUCACGCCGCGCAUCGCAGCAACUAAGCCGUCAAACCACCGACGUAGCAAGCGACAGCGAAAAGACAGAAACAAGCACUCCAACCACCUCCGAAACCCUUACUCCAAAGCUGAAGCGGGAGGACGAUGCACACCAAGAGCGAGAUACAUCAACAGAUCUCUCGCGAUACGAUCUCAGCACCUACAAACGCGUCGACUUCCACUGGAUGGUCCACGACCGCAACAACCUCCUCUGGUUCUCGGACUUGCUCAACUACAUCACCACCACUUCCUCUUCCUCUUCAGCCCCUCACCACAGCAACGUCGAUUUCCGCAUCACCACCCACGUGACUCAGAAGCGUAAAGAUUUGUCCAUACACAUCUUCCGCUGGUUGCUAGAAAAACACCGCACUGCUGAACACCCUGAGAGUCCGAUCACCGGACUCAUCAACCCUACGCAUUUCGGGCGUCCGGAUAUGCAGAUGAUCAUGGACAAGCAUUAUGAGGAUAUGUGUUUGUUGCUUGCCGCUAAGAAAGAGUUGUUCAAGGAGGAUAGGAAGAAGAUGGCAGAGUUGGGAGAUGGAAUGAAGGUCGGUGUGUUCUUUUGCGGUGCGCCGGUUGUGGGGUAUCAAUUGGCGGAUAGGUGUAGGGCGUUGACGGCGAGAGGAAGAGAGGAUGGGACGUUUGUAGAGUAUCACUUUAUGAUGGAGGUAUUUGGAUGA